GCCGCAGGGACAGCAGGAGCGGUGCUGCUGUCAGUUAGGCGGUCGGAGAAAUGGGAGACCCAGGGUCGGAGAUAAUAGAAUCUGUCCCUCCAGCUGGGCCUGAGGCAUCUGAGUCCACCACGGAUGAGAAUGAAGAUGACAUUCAGUUUGUUAGUGAAGGACCAUUAAGACCUGUUCUUGAAUACAUCGAUCUGGUCAGCAGUGAUGAUGAAGAACCCAGCACCUCUCAUAGUGAUAGAAUGCCUGAGUCUAAGGUGCCAUCCUCUGAGAAUCAUCGCCCAGAAAUGUGCUCUAGCUGCAGUGUUCCUCUUCCCAUUGGAGACAGCAGCUCCUCUGGGAGUUGCACCAGCAGUCCACAAAGGAUAGUUUCUCAACCUUCUUCUGUUGAGAACCCAUUGGAGAACCAGAAAAAUGAUCAAAAUAAUUCAGAUUUUAAGAUCCCUGAGACAGAGACACUUAAACCAUCACAAAAUUAUCAGAAUCUGCCUUCAUCUCCACUUCUGAUCCCCCAAGAAUCUUUGGCCUCUUCACAGGUCAAGGAGGAUUUACCUCCAGAGUCUUCAGCUUCACAGCAUGGACAGGAUGCCAUCCUCUAUCUCCAGACACAAGUGGCUGAGAUGUCCCGAGUGAUACGUGAUCUGCAGUCCAGGAGUUGUUUCAGAUUUCAUCAUUCUAGGCCAAGUGAGAACUCCUCAGUUCCUUGGGACAUCACCUCCAAGGAAGACAAUUUAUCCACAGUUGAAGAAGAAGCAGACUGCAAAUCCCCCUCAGCUGAUGACAAAGGGCAGCCAGCUGACCCCAGUCAGACUAGUUUCACAGGUCUUUUGAAGAGAAUGGAACAGAGAGGUGUUAUAAAGAGAGUAACAUUGCAAUCUGAAGCAGAAUCGUGUGAUGGGAAACCUGAUUAUGUGACCUCUAAAAAACGUUUGGUUCCUCCAUUGCAUCCUCUUCUGAGAAUUGCCACCACUGAGGUUUUUAAAGACCCUGCUGAUUGCCAUCCUUCUUCUUUCAUGGGACACAGGGUAUAUCCUGUGGCCAAGGAUACCUCUCCUUUUCAACCAAAUCCUCCAGCUGAGGGCCCCAUUGUAGAAGCAUUAGAGCAUAGCAAAAGAGGAAGCGCAACAUCUCCUCUAGAUUCUACCUCAAAAGAAAUGGAGGUCAUGGGUUGUAGAUUCUACCAUGCUGCUUCCAUUGCAGCCCGAGCUGCUAGCUACAUGGCCUAUAUGACUCAGUAUCAGCGUAAACUCUGGGAAGACAUGGAGGAUCUGGUCCAUGACCCAGAGUUUGAUCGUGGAAAAGCAAGAUGUAUAAUAUCUGAUGGUAUGGAUGCAGGUCUUUGGCAGCUUUGUACUACUAGGGACAUAAUGGACUCUGUAGUCAGAGUUAUGGCAAUGGCAGUAGACUACAGAAGGCAAGCCUGGCUCCGACUUACAUCUCUUACUAAGAAAACCCAGGAGAAGAUCUCACACUUGCCCUUUGAUGGCACUUCCCUCUUUGGACAAGAUGUGAAUGCUGUUGUUGCAGAAGAAAACAGUAUAAAGGAAAAUGACUAUAAAGACCACAACAAGUACUAUAACCAACAUCGAUACUUUUAUAGUCAUGAUCAGAAAGCACAUUAUCACAAUAGAGGCUACUCCAAAGGGGAUUGGUACAAACCCCGAAACCACCCCUAUAGAUAUAGAAAAAAGGGAGAAUCUCCAGAACGUCAUGGGUAUAAGAAUUAAUAGCCUGUUGAUGUCCAGCAGUAUAGCCAUCCGACAUCCUAAGUAUUUUACUUGCUCUUCCUGACUUAACCAGGAUCUACAGGUAGGAGGUCAUCUCCAAAACUGAAUGCAUGUCUGGAAUUUCCACAGCUGUCAUUUGAAUUCUAGACUGUUGGAAUGACGUAUAUAAUAAAGCAAAUUGUGCUUUAUUGUCCAAGUGAGCAGUGGAGACUUUUCAUCUAAGUAGGGUUGGACAAAGAUUUACCCAUUGUUUCUGGUUCAAAGUAAGCAGAGAGGAAGGUACUCAGGAAUCUGAAUCCUCUUCUGAUUAAAGAAAAAUAUAAAGAUUUGUUCCUUACGAAAAUCUUGCUGGUAAACUGAGGACUAGCAGAUUGUGGGUCUGGAAAUAACCUACUACUUACUAGAUCUCUUUAACAUGGAGGCAAAUCCUUCAUUUUUAUGUCAUCAGUGCUUCCUUGUUCAGGUUUUGCUUGUCCGAUCUUCACAAAAUGACAAAUCUGUUAUCUCUUUAUAUCAGGAUGAUCAACUCACUGAGUCCAUACUACUGAAGCUCUGUGAGACUUCAAAAUCAACCAUGAAGCUGUAUAUCAAGAACUGGAAUUCAAAUCAAAUUUUGCCAAAUCCAGUUUGCUUCCAGUGGCAUAACUAGAUGUCACAGGUCUACUGUGGGCACCAGCUGGAAAAAGACUUUCCUGCCUGUAAUUUCUUUAGAAAUUUCACAGUAACUAUUUUCAUCAAGACUGAUUGCUAUCAUACCAUCACCACUCCAAGUUAUAUAUGAGAGAAUUCUUUGUUGUUAUCACUCAUAAGCCUUCGACCUAUCAAACUCAUAUCAACAAGCUGGGAGAAUCAGUAAUGGUGUUCUCUCAGGAUAAUCUGGACCUUUCACCAAGAUGACCUUCUUAAACCCACCUUCUAAACAGUAAACUUUUUGAACUUGACAAAUUCAUCACACUUUAAAUACAAAAGAGAUAUGUACAUUAGUGCCCUGGAAAUAAAGGAUGUUGUUACACCAUCCAGGCAUGCAAAUCUGAACUCUUAAAAGAGCAAGAAUUCCAAACAUGCCUGACAAUCCAGUCCUCUUACUGUAAUAAAGAGGGAUGCCCUCAGUUGAUGUUAUUGAGAAAUCCGUAAGAUUUAGAGUAUAACUGUGGAUGUAGUAAAGGGAACAUCUCACACAGUUCUGUUUCUGGAUAUCGAUUUAAAUGGUGAUAUCCAUUGAUUUCUUAAAAAUCUGAAAUCAAGACUUCAGUGACAUGUUCUUGGUUUAUCGGUCCCUUAAUCUAGUCAGACUUUUACCAUGAGAGACGACUUACUUUGGUUUAAUUAAUAGUUCUCCACCAUCCUGGAUCUAGCAGCAGAUACCUCAGUGAUAUGUCCCACAGUAUCUUUUUAAUCUCAAGGCAGUGGCUGUACUGUAUACCAGCCCUUAGAUCCUUGUCUUCGCAGCACGACUUCAGAAAUGGAGAAAAUUGUCAAGUUUGAGGGAUCUGAAUACAUGAUGUAGUACUUGCUUGUCAGCCAAACUAGUUUUUUUUUUAUUGACAGACUUAAAAUUCUGUAACUUGUUUGUCAAACAUCUCCAUUUUUUUAUCUGCUUGAUCAAAGUAUUUGGGUCUACUGUUAGUGGAUUAUAACACCGUUUUAGGAUUCAUGUGUUUCUUCUUGCCAUCGUUCUUGCACAGUGGUGAUUGACAGUUUCCCUGGUGCCCCACUUUUUAAAUAGUUUAUUGAAAUCUCAUUCUUCCUCCCCAUCAUAACCAUAUUCAGCACCAUAUCUGUGCUAUAGAGGUUGAAGAGGCAAAUAUCCCUACUUGGAAGAAGUUAUUUUCUUAGAUACUUUGAGGGUACUGUAUUGGUCCUAUUUGUAGAUUAAGCUUAAACUACCGUCUUGAUAGAGGAGAUCAUCUUGCAAAUUUGGUCAAGUCAUAUCUACAGUUAACAUAUACCUUUAUUUUUUUGAAUUUCCACAAAGUUUUACUUCUACUUAUUUAGGUCCGUGCCAGUGCUAUAGUAACUGUCUUCCAAAUUGAACUCUAGAAGAGCAUUGAUUAACUGCCUGUAAAGAAACAGGGGCCUAAGAAAUCAUAUAAAUAUUUUUAUAGUUCAUGUGCCAUUGACAUGGGACUAUAGUUUCUUCUGUGAAGGGACUAGUCACUGGAGAGAGAGAGACCUUGGAACUGUUCUAUAUGACUGCACAUAGGUGUUCCAAAUUAGCUAAGACUACUUCAGACUGUUCCCACUUUUCCAUUUCUCUCCUUUCCUUCCCUGAAUUAAAUACUGGUUCACAAACUUAAUCGUUUUUGAGGUACUCUUAUUUUCCAGAAACCAAACCAAAAUAAAUGAUGCUUGAAGAUACGAUUCUCUGAAACUGCUUUGGCACUUCUGCUUAACAUGCUCCUCUGUAAUUUUUCAAUUUUUUAAUUGUGGUUAAAAGAAGACAACAUAAAAUUUACCACCUUAACCAUUUAAGUGUACAGUUCGCUAGUAGUGUUAACUAUAUUUGCAUUGUUGUGUAUAGCUCCUUUCUUAAAUAUUUCUAAAACAGCAUUGCUAUUCUCUUCCUCUUGUAUUAUGUUGCUCAGUAAUAAAGCUGAAAACAUUGCUUUAUCACUCUCUAAUUGAUAUGCCCGAGCGUCUCCAUAGGAUUUACCUGAAAGUGAAAAGGUAUUGAGAAGUUAUUGAAUUGAUGAUCAAGGAGGUAACUUCUGAAGGGAUUUAACUUUUGAGUGGGGGUAGGGACAAAAUGCUAUAGAGUUGGGACAGUUUUUAGCUAUAGAUUAGUUUCUUGACUACAGAAGAAACAUCCUUAACCUGUUUGGUUUUUAUUAUUUUUAAAAUCUUUCUCUGGCAUACUUGAAUGAUGAUGGUGUUAUAAAACUGAAAAUGAGGACUUGGUCUAAGGAGACAACCCCAAUAACGUAUGGAACUCAUAAUUGGUCAGAUGAUAAGUUUUCAUAUUGUGCCUGCAAUGUGCAGAGCCUGUAACAGAAUUCUUCAUUAGGCCAACCUCUUACAUUUAAAUACUUUUAGGUUUUCUAGGAGACCUUGAAAUAAUUGCAAAUUUAAUCAUUUGGUGUUCUCAAAAGGAAUGCGUCUUUAAAAUGUUAUUUCUUGACUAGACAUAAAAUGUAUGUGGUCACAUUAUGAUUUCUUAUAGUUACUGUGUACAGAGAAAUACUGUUUCCAUUAAUUGUUAUACGAAGUGCCUUUUGAAAUUUCACGCUAUUGUUUAAAAGUUAACAUUUUGAUGUCUUGCCUAUUGUUGCUGGUGAUAUGUGAAUUUUGUACAGUUAUUUUUAAUCUUGCCGUUUAUUCAUUUGUACAAUUAAUUGCACUAUCUAAAUGUACUCUCCUUCUGAAUGUUAGUUUGUUUUCUUUAUAACACUGUUGAUCCAUUUCAGAAGGUUGUAGAGUAUGUCCCUCCUUUAUUUAAUAACUUCACAGCAGUACAUUUUAGUUAAUAGUGAUUGGCUCAAUUUUGGGGGCAUUAAGGCAGCUUUGUUUUCUAUCUGUGGAUUGUAGGCUUUCUCACUGAGUCGUUUGUCUCCUACCUAGCCAUGGUAACACAACUUAUAUUUGAUAAGUGUAUGUGCUUACUUGGUAAAAAGAAACAAGGACAUGAGGAAAAAGCAGUACAUUUGCUGACACUUUAUCUUUCUAAUUUUUUUUAAGACUGUGACUGCUUCCCUAUCAUUGUAAUUGCAUUUAAACUUAAAAAUUGUGUGGCAGCUUCUUUAUCAGUAUAAUUUCAUUAUUUACUUAGCCCUCAAAAUUGCAUUUGAGGGGAGCAUAAACUCUUUCAGCUUCUUGGAUACUAUAUAGUAUAUUACAUUAAUACUGUACUGAGUGAUCUGAUUAAUAAUGUCCUUAUAGUCCCAAUACAUCCAGGAUAACCUCUCAGUUACUGUAAGCAAGGAGGUUGGAAUAGACACAGUCCAGAAUCCCUUCUAGCUAUAAAAUUGGAUACAGAGUUAAAUGACAUGGAUGAACAGAGUUAAAUGCCACAUUCAGUAUUCUUGAGGAUGUAAUUAAUUGGGAUUCUAAUGAGGGUUAGAAAUUAUGGAUUAGAUCUUUGUAGAAAGAAUUUUAAAGAUUGCAAUAACUGAAAACUUUUUUUUAAAAAAAAGUGAGGCAUAUUUUGCCUGUGACUUGCACUGUUUAGGUUCCCUCAUCUUUUGAAAUUUACAAUUUUUUACUUAAUGUUAACUGCUACUCCAAUAAAUUGCUGUACAUUUUAUGUAUGUCAUUUGGUUGACCAGAUCCAUUCUAUAUAGAUUUUCAUUAGUGGAUGCACAGACCAAUCAAUUCUUCAUUUUUCACUUAAAUAUACAGGUGGAAGUAAACUGAUGAUGAUCACUAUAUUGAGUGCAAAUCUUUUAGUUAUUUUUUUCAGCUAGAACAACUCUUGUAAGCCAUUAAAAUAUCCUUUUAUGGAAUUUCCCUUCCUCGGUGAAUGAUGAGAAUAUUGUUUUAUUAAAUCUUUUUUCUCUUAUUGACUAGUGGGAUGAUAUUUUUUGUACUACUUUGUCUUUUAUUUACUUGACUUUAUAUAAUGAGAACUUUUUUAUAGUAGUGUUUGAUACCAUUGAGGUAUCUUACUACUGGAAAUUAUGUUUGCUUCCAGUUGGCUGUAUUUGGAAGUAAUCACAGUCCAACCAUGUCCUAUUGAUGUUAGCAUAUCAGUUCGUUCUUUGUAUUGAUCUUUUCUUCCUCUUUAUGUGACACCUCUUUCUAGAAGGAUGGCUGAUCUUCCCUUAAUCUCUUUGAUGUAGAUUAUAUUUUUCAUUCUACCCAUAUAAACUAGCCAGGAUUUUGGUGUGGCUUUGUAUUUGUGUAUUUAAAUACAAUGCCUUCAGCAUUAUUGUAAGAGGUUUUCUAGUUUUCUCUGAUAAUGUCUUUAAAAAAAAAAAUAGUAGCCAGUCCAGUCUCUUAAACUAUUCCCUAGCUAGUCAACCAUCAGUUUUUCAUGCUUUCUUUAAUGUUAGUAAUAUUUUCUCAUUUCUACAUGUUCUUCACACAAAUGUAUUAUUACAUAUAGUUUAUGGUCAGUUGCAUCUUUUCUCUGUAUAAAGAUUUUAGGCCCUUCACCAUGAAUUUAUAGUACAGCUCUGAGAUGUACUGUAUCUUAAAGUUAGCCAGUUUUCUCUAGGUCUUAAGGGCUUUACUGCUUUUGUUGAGAUCAAUUUCAAAUGGUCUAUUAUCUGAUGCCUUGUUAAGAAUUCAACAAGAAUUCUCAGGUUGUCUGUACUUUUAGGACUUUGGAGCUCUCUCAAGUUGUAUUGAGUUUUCAGAUAUUCCUGAGUAUGUUCCUUGGUAGUGGUGAAGUAAAUGCUUUAUAUCUGGUAAUAAUUUUAAAAAUUCUCCUUUGACCUUAAAUACUCCAAGUGUUAUGAGUUUUGUUAGUUGUCCUUUUAUAAGACUAAUUUUCAUCUGCUAUUUUUUCCCCAGGAGCUAUCAUAUGCUUUCUGGUUUUUUCCUAUGACCCAUAAGAAUGGUUCUAUCACAGCAUUCCAUUUUAAGGGCUACAGUUAGACCUCUUGUUAACUCCUAUUUUUUCUAUGAUGGCUGUGUUUCACGCUACCUUGAAUUAUAAUGUAGUAAUGUUCUAAACUAACUAGUAGGUUUUUAGUCCCUUUAUCUGUACUGCUUUUAAUUAGUGAAGCAACAAUGAUGUAAAUGAUGGGGAAAAACAUCUUUUGAAUCACCAGUUUCAAAUUUUCAGUUUUAUUUUUUUAUACAUGUUUAUUUACACUAAGCUUCCUACUGUUAGGUGUGUAGCCCAUUUCUUUCUGUCUCGGUUAAAAUAUAGUUAUUUUGUAAUUAGUCUCAUUUAGAAUCUUAGCACAGAGUUGCAUGCAUGUUGGUCUUUGUUUAAUAGCUUGUAAUAGCGCCUGUUUUACUUUUGACAAAAAUAUAUUUUGACAGAUCUUGGAAGCGCCUUGAUAGCCUUGGGUCUGGUUGUCCUCUUCCUGCCUAGAGAGGAGAGAAACCUCAUUUAUAGAACUUCUAUUUGCUAGGCUCUGUGCUAGUUGCAAGGUACUCUUGAAGUAGAAAUGUAUCCUUAUUUUGCAGAUGAGGAAAUGAAAUUUGCCAAUAAGCCACCUGCUCAAGUGGUGGAACUGAGCUUUGAAUAUAGAUUCUCGUCCCUCACAGUCUCAAGUGCACAUCGCUCUAGGCCGCUGCCGUGUGUGUGUCACGUCUUACCUCUGAUAAGCUAAUUUGAGAUACACUAAUCUUUGUCUUCCAUUUUACCUAGUAAUUUUUGACAAAUACUAAUCUUUGAUAUAUACUAAGCUUUCUAUGUCUGUACUCUCAUUCCUUAGUACUUGAUGUCUUAUAUUAACUAAUUCCUGGUUAUUUUGCUUGUCAGAUCAAGAACCCUAACCCUAAACCUCUCCCGUUGAGGUUUUACUGAGCUGGACUAAGAUUAUUCUUGAUGUAUAAUCAUUGGCUUCUCUUUCAUAUGUUGCUUAUUUGCAUUCCAUUUAUUUCAACACUGAUUGUUUUAAUCAUGGUUCUUAUUGCUUGUUUUUUUUCUUCAUUCUACCUUUUUUGUUUGUUACACCCAUUUUGUUUGAGAUAUACACUUAAACAUUUUUUUUACUGGCAACUUGAGGAUAUUGGCAUAAUGAAAGGAAGGUGGAGUGAUGCAAAGCAUGUGGUAUUUGAAUUCCAAACGCCUUAAUCUGAGUAUUAGCAUGUCACUUAUUUUCUGAGCCUCCGUUUUCCUACUCUCAAAUGAGGCAAUGUCUAGAAGUACUUUGAAAACUCGAAAGCCCAAUGUAGAUGUUCUUUCUUUAGUAGUUCUGCUGUUUCUAUCUAUAUUUGUAGAUUUCUUGUAACUGUGGGAUGGUAUCCGAUAUAAAUACAGAUACAUUUUAAGAUGUAUUUAAUAGCAUGUAAUAGUUUCGUGUCAUCAGAUCAUGUUCCCCUUGUUAACAGUUUUUAAGGCUGAGUUUUUUUGUUGCAAGCCCAGCAAUGGACUAAGUCAUUGAAAGACAUUUAAAGUAGUCUCUCUUCUCAAGUGCAAGCUAAGAAAUGUUAAUAAACAAGAGAAAAUAAAAGAAUGUAGAAUGAACAGCUAGGAUAUGUAGGUAUGUGUAUACAAUUUUUGAUGGUUGG